ACUGUAUUUAAGCAUAGGUAUUAAGCAGAGCUUUUACUUAUCUCAUUAUAAUAAUAAAUAAUACCAGAUAAUAAUAUAUAUGUUUUCUAUCAAUUAUGAUUUUAGAUAUCUAUUUAUUUAAAGGUAAAAGAUAUGAUUUAAUAUUUCUUUCCAGUAGUUCAUUAAAUUUAUGUGUAGUUCAAUAAAUCAGUACAAUGGCUACCGUGUUAAAUUUAAGUAAUAUUCCUUUUAAAGCUAUAAAUCGCCAUUUAAAAACAGUAGUUUACCAAAAACAAUGCAUAUUUAAAGUUUAUGGACAAAAUACAAAAAAUGUAUACCUUAGCCAAUUUUAUUAUACCAAAGAGUAUUCUACAAAGACUGAGAAAAAAUCAAACAGUAGCAAAGGUAGUGGUGGCAUUUUAGCAGGCAUUUUAAGUAAAAUACCUAGUAGUGCUCCCAAAGCACAACCUAUUCGAGGAUGUUUUCAUCCAGGGGCCUCCACUCUGACCAGAGAAACUAUAUCCUUGCAAAAACAGACUCCUAUCACUGGUCGGCAAAUGGUAGGAGCUAUGUUACAAUAUAUAUGGCCAGAAAAUGAUAAAUCCAUAAGAGACAGGGUAAAAUUGGCAGUGUCUUUACUUAUUGGAGCCAAGGUCAUGAAUGUGUGUGUCCCAUUUAUUUUUAAAUAUUCUGUGGAUUAUUUAAAUGUUGGAAAUGCCUUAAAUAUGGAAACUGCUCCACAAACGGUAGCCACUGUAGCAACUAGUUUAUUAUUAGGAUAUGGUAUUGCAAGAGCUGGAGCUGCAGGUUUUAACGAAUUAAGGAAUGCUGUUUUUGCUAAAGUUGCUCAGCAUUCUAUUAGGAAAAUUGCGAAAAAUGUGUUCAUUCACUUACAUAAUCUAGACCUAACAUUUCACUUACAAAGACAAACAGGUGCCCUUUCCAAAACAAUCGAUAGAGGUUCAAGAGGAAUAAAUUUUGUAUUGUCAGCUAUGGUUUUCAACGUAGUUCCAACAAUGUUUGAAUUGGCCUUGGUUUCAUCUAUUCUUGGAAUUAAAUGUGGUGCUAUGUUUGCAGGAAUUUCUUUGGGAUGCGUUGGUGUGUAUGCUAUGUACACAUUGUCAGUGACGCAGUGGAGGACAAAGUUCAGGGUUUACAUGAAUAAAGCUGAAAAUGAAGCUGGAAAUAAAGCCAUAGAUUCUUUAAUCAAUUAUGAAACUGUUAAGUAUUUCAACAAUGAAAAGUAUGAAGCUGAACGAUACGAUUCUGCAUUACAAAAAUAUGAAUCUGCCAGUUUGAAGACAGCUUCUAGUUUAGCACUGUUAAAUUUUGGACAAAAUGCCAUCUUCAGCGCCGCUCUUAGUGGGAUUAUGAUUUUAGCAGCUAAUGAAAUUGUUAAAGGGAACAUGACAGUUGGAGAUUUAGUGAUGGUAAAUGGACUGCUGUUUCAAUUAUCAAUUCCUUUAGGAUUUCUGGGAAGUGUAUAUAGAGAAGUGAGACAGGCACUAAUAGAUAUGCAAACUAUGUUCACUCUGAUGACAAUGGAUAGUGCCGUAAAGAGUAAACCUGAAGCCCCAUACCUUCAUGUCGAUUCAAAAUCUUCACCGAUAAAAUUCGAAAACGUGUCUUUUGAGUAUGGACCCGGAAAAACAAUUUUCAAAGAUUUAAAUUUAACAAUAGAACCUGGCAAGAAAGUAGCUAUUGUAGGUGGAUCCGGAUCAGGAAAAUCGACUCUUGUUAGACUGCUGUAUAGAUUUUAUGAACCAUCGAAAGGGCGAAUCCUCAUAGGAAAUCAAGAUAUAAGAGAUGUAGACCUGGACAGUUUGCGCCGUGCAAUCGCCAUUGUGCCUCAAGAUAGCGUUUUAUUCCAUGAUACAAUUAGGCAUAACCUCCAUUACGGUGAUCUUCAAGCUACAGAAGAAGAAAUAAUGAACGCUGCAAAACUCGCAGAAAUUCACAGUUCCAUUGUGACCUGGCCCCAAGGAUACAACACGCAAGUAGGUGAAAGAGGAUUGAAGUUAAGUGGCGGCGAGAAGCAGAGAGUAGCUAUAGCAAGAGCAAUUUUGAAAAACUCCCCUAUUCUGGUGUUUGACGAAGCCACUAGUUCUUUAGACUCCAUAACUGAGCAUAAUAUACUAAUGGCACUGAGAAAUGCAACUAAGGGACGUACCAGUAUCUGCAUAGCUCACCGCCUUAGCACCAUCAUGGACGCAGACGAAAUCAUAGUACUGGAAAAUGGUCAAGUCGCUGACAGAGGAACACACAAGUCACUACUGGAAAGUCAUUCCGGACUAUAUUGGAAAUUGUGGGAAACGCAAAAUCAAUCGCACACUGAACCAGAAAAGAAAAAAUCAGCAGUAUGACGAAAGAAAUUUAUUUUCUUUUAGUAGGGUAUAUAUAUAAUUUAAGAGUUGUCAAUCCAAACUCUUACAAUUUAAGUAAAACAUGUUUGACAUAAAAACACGUGAUGUGAAAUCGGAGGAAACGUCACGUAUGUCUCGUUUUUUACGCAGGUUCACGUAUCUGAUGUUGGUGCCUGUCGGACUGCACAUAAUAUAUAAGACAUCAAACGUCAUUUUGUUUCAUAGUAUAAAAAUUUUGAAAUUACACCCGUUUCAAUAGAUAAAUAUAUAUAAGUUCAAAUUUAGGUCAUAUAAAUUCAUAAAACGAAUUCUCUGAGAAUAACGUGAUCCAAAUUUAUUAAAUGAAAAAUGAAACUCGUUAUUAAAUCUGAUCUUGGCUAUGCAAUUAGCAAUUAAUAUUUGAUUUUAAAUUGUGUUAAAUGUGUUGCAGUUGUUUUAGAGAAAAUAAUAAUAAAUUAUGGGGUGUAUAAAAUUUCGCACCAAACAUAUUUUGAAUGUUAACAACGAUAAUAAUAUAAUGACUGUUAAUAACAAAUAAAAUAUAUUUUUUCCAUAAAAAUAUGUUUAUUGUAAAUAUGUUGUAUAUAUAAUAAAUACAUGUUAUUACUCGUUUUAA